UCACAUUUUUUUUGGAUUUUUUUCUGAAAAACGGACUCUGACGAUAUAUCCUAAGAAAUUUUUUUGAGAGUAAUGUUUAUUAGUGUAUUUGGCAGGCCUCAAAUUAGGUUUAAGGCCUGUUUCCCAAUUACCAUCGUUUACGGAAGCCUGUUUUCGGUGUGAAUGGAAAGAGCUGUGGCUGCGAGGCCGCCCUGGAGCUGGGGCGCCAGUUCCGUCCAGUCACUUGGCCUCCAGGUGCAGAGUCCUCCCCAGAACUGAGUCCGCCGUGUGACGCCCAGUAACAUAAGCGGACCGCGCGCAGUGUUGAAGGAUGUUUGUUCCAAGAUCCCUGAAAGUCAGGAGGAGCGCUAAUGAUGACGGCAGAAGUUGCGCAGCCAAGAAAAUUAAAGCCGAAGCCGAAGCCGCUGGACUGGAUGCAGGCGGAGACGGUCCGGCCGACGCCCCAGGCACCGAAGGGGCCGCACCGCUAGCCUCUCAGGGCCCAGAGCCGGGCCCUCUCCCGGGCCCCGCGGGCCUGGCGGCCGACGUGGCUUUGGCGGGACCUGAGCGGGGUGUGAGGGACAGCGAUCUCCCCGAGGAGCCCGUGAAGUCCUUCUCCAAAACCCAGCGCUGGGCGCAGCCGGGGGAGCCGGUGUGCGUCGUGUGCGGCCGGUUCGGAGAGUACGUCUGCGACACGACAGACGAGGACGUGUGUAGCCUGGAGUGUAAGGCCAGGCACCUGCUGCAGGUUGAGGGGCGGGCAGGGCAGGCGGAGCCCAGCGGUCCGCAGGAAGCGGGUUCUGAGCCGGCGGCUCCGUGUCCGGCCGCUUUCGUCUACACCGAGCACGCCUUCAUCUCCAGUCUCCGGGAGGACCAGAUUGAAAACCUUCGAGGGCAGCUGGGAAUCGUAGUUCAAGGGCAAGGCGUCGCCAGGCCCGUGGUUGACUUCGAGCAUUGCGGCUUCCCCGAGGCCUUGAACCACAACUUGAAGGCCUCAGGCUACGAGGUCCCGACGCCCAUCCAGAUGCAGAUGAUUCCCGUGGGACUUCUGGGCCGAGAUAUCCUGGCCAGCGCCGACACCGGCUCCGGGAAGACGGCUGCCUUCCUUCUUCCUGUGAUCCUCCGAGCUCUAUUCCAGAGCCAGGCCCCGUCCGCGCUGGUCCUCACCCCCACGAGGGAGCUCGCCAUCCAGAUCGAGCGCCAGGCCAAGGAGCUGAUGCGCGGGCUGCCGGGCAUGAGGACCGUGCUGCUCGUGGGGGGCUUGCCUGCCCCGCCUCAGUGCCAUCGCCUGCGCCAGCGCGUCCAGGUUAUCAUAGCAACUCCCGGGCGACUUCUGGAUAUAAUAAAGCAGAGCUCUGUGGAACUUGGCAGUGUGAAGAUCGUCGUGGUAGAUGAAGCCGAUACUAUGUUAAAGAUGGGCUUCCAGCAGCAAGUGUUUGACAUCUUGGAAAAUGUUCCUCAUGACUGUCAGACCGUCCUGGUGUCGGCUACGAUUCCCGCCAGCAUCGAGCAGCUGGCCGGCCAGCUUCUGCAUGACCCCGUGAGAAUUGUCGCUGGGGAGAAGAACCUGCCCUGCGCCAGCGUGCGCCAGAUUGUUCUGUGGGUGGAAGACCCCGCCAAAAAGAAGAAACUAUUCGAAAUCUUAAACGAUAAGAAGCUCUUCAAGCCUCCAGUGCUGGUGUUUGUGGACUGCAAGCUGGGAGCAGAUCUGCUGAGCGAGGCAGUUGAGAAAAUCACAGGCCUAAGAAGCACGUCUGUGCACUCGGAGAAGUCACAGACAGAAAGGAGACACGUGCUGAAGGGGCUACUUGAAGGAGACUAUGAAGUUGUAGUGAGCACGGGGGUCCUGGGAAGAGGCCUGGACCUGGUCAGCGUCAAGCUGGUCGUCAACUUCGACAUGCCGUCGAGUAUGGAUGAGUAUGUGCACCAGAUUGGAAGAGUGGGGAGAUUAGGUCAGAACGGAACAGCCAUUACUUUCAUCAACAACAGCUCGAAAAGGCUCUUCUGGGACGUUGCGAAGCGCGUGGGGCCCACGGGCUCCCUGCUCCCCCCACAGCUGCUGAAUUCGCCUUACCUUCACGAGCAGAAGAGGAAGGAACAGCAGAGAGACAGACGAACUCAGAGUGAUCUGGUCACAGGAGCUAAUCUCAUGGACAUUAUUAGAAAACAUGAUAAGAGUAAUUCUCAAAGAUGAUUUGUUGUCCCACUUUGAAUAGUUUUUAUUGUGUCUUGUCAGUGAAAUGUCUGUGCAGUAUUGCCGUUUGGUUUCAAUAAAUGAGACAUGUACAGGAAGCAAAAAAUUAACAUGAUUUAAAAAUUUUAAUAGACUGUCAACUUAUACGGAAAUGUUGUAUUUAUUUUCCUGUUUAAUUUUCAGAAAUUAAAAACAGCGAACAGCGUCAGAAAGUGAAUUACUAAAUAAAAUUAAAAAUUAUUCUCUCUGGAAAAA